CUGGAGGACCUACCACACUCCCGUGGAGGCGGUGCAACAAACUGCACACUACCGAAUGUGACAUUUAUUUAAAACUGCAGACUACAAUGAGGACUACCAUUCUGAACUUCUUUGUAACGCUUUUCUUCACCACGAUUCUGACGCAAUUUCACCGGAGGCCUAAACCGGUUUUUACCUGUGGUGGUAAUUUUACUGGGGACUCAGGCAUCAUUGGUAGUCAGGGGUACCCAGGUGUCUAUCCACCAAAUACCAAAUGUGUGUGGAGAAUAACGGUGCCUCGCGGCAAGAUGGUGUCUCUCUCUUUCCGCGUGCUUGACCUGGAGAGUGACCUGUGCAGGUAUGACUUUGUGGACGUGUACGACGGGCACAUCAACCGCCAGCGGCUGGGGCGCUUCUGUGGGACUUCCAGACCAGGUGCCCUCGUCACCAAUGGCAACAAGAUGCAGGUGACAAUGGUGUCCGACGCCAACACUGCUGGUAGUGGAUUUCUGGCGGUUUUCGCCGCUGUGCGGCCCAACGAGAAAGGAGAUCGAUACUGCGGAGGCCUUCUGGACAGAUCGUCAGGCUCCUUGAAGACUCCUAACUGGCCUGAGAAGGAUUACCCUGCGGGGGUCACCUGCACCUGGCACAUUGUAGCCCCCCGAAACCAGAUCAUCGAGCUGAGGUUCGAGAAGUUUGAUGUUGAGAGAGAUAACUACUGCCGCUAUGACCACGUGGCCAUCUUUAAUGGGGAGGAGGCGAGCGAGGCCAGGCGAAUCGGGAGGUUCUGCGGCGACAGCCCCCCUGCCCCAAUUUACUCUGAUGGCAACCAUCUCCUCAUUCAGUUUCUGUCUGAUCUGAGUCUAACCGCGGACGGUUUCAUCGGCCACUACCAGUUCCGGCCGAAUAGCUCCGUCAGCACCAGGGCGCCACCCACCUCCACCACCCCCACUACGCCUGCCAUGACCACAGGGCCAGUGGCAUUAACAUAUUCAGAGGCUCUGUGCCGGCAGAAAUGCAGGAGGACCGGGGUGAUUGACAGCCACUACUGCUCAAGCAACUUCGUGAUCACGGGCACACUGGUGUCUGCGGCUGUGCGCGAGGAGAGCGUGCACGCCGUCCUCUCCAUCAUCGGCGUCUACAAGCAGGGCAGCCUGGCCAUUCAGCAGGCAGGGAAGAGCCUCAGUGCCCGGGUGGUGCUCCUCUGCCGCAAGUGCCCCCUGGUCAGGAGAGGCCUGAACUACAUUGUGAUGGGCCAUACGGAUGAAGAAGGAAGGGGGGUGAUCACACCCAGCAACUUUGUGAUGGCCUUCAAAGGCAAUAGGCACAGAGAGCUGAGUGUACUGAAGAACAUUCACUGCUAAAACUCCUGCAGAGAGCAAGAGAGAGGGGGAGAGAGAGAGAGAGAGAGUAGUGCAUCAUACUUUAUCGUAACUUGAGUCACCUAAUUUCUUUGCAGCAGCUCUUAACAGAGGAACGUUCCAAGGGUUGACAAGCUAAUUUGCAGUGAGAUAUGAUUAUAUCUCACAAAUGUUAUGAUAUAGCUUUUUGAUGGUUGCAGUGUGAAGGAGAAUACCAGCCAAAUGUGAAUCCCUAAAUAUGGGAGUGUUUAUUGGGUAUAUAUGCAUGCAGGAUGCCCCAGUUGUUGUCACAGUGGGUCCCACAUUUCUUUAUAGGCUAGCCACAGUGAAAAUCAGCAACUACUGCAUGUGAGCAUUACGCUGAAGCAUAGGAAAUGUCUUUACUUUUAGGAUAUGUGAUGAGUCUUCAGGAGUCUGUGACAGUAGAAGGUUCAUGCCAGUAGAACGUCUCAAAAUAACUUGUGGGGAUAAUCAGUAGUAUUAUUUAUGACUUUUAUGUGGCCUUUUCUUUACAGUUUUCUGUAACCCUGUGCAUGUACAAGACUUUGACUGUGAUGUAUUAAACUAUUUAUUUAUCACA